ACCCAUGCUUGUGUUGUUAUUAUUGUUGUGAGAGGUUCGUGGCACGGCGAAUGUGUUAGUCUCGAUUACAGCUGUCAUCAGUCUCAUAGAUGUGUUUUCUCCAUCAUUAUCACCGAACAUCGUUUCUCGGGAGGAAAUUGUUCUGAUCAUCUAAGCAAAAUCGGGUCUUUGUUGCACCGAGUAACUUGAGCUUGUUUCUAACUUUGGGCCUCGCUUGCAACGAUAUCUACGAUUGUUUGCAAAGUGAAGGUUAAGGCUAUUUGGUACAUCACUAUUCUGUUGCCAUGGAGAAAACAUGGGGGGUGGAAUUUCAGAAUGUCGGAAGUUGCUACUUCCCUCGGAGCAGAGUGGACUGUCAUUACACCAUCAACCCACAGCACGCAUGGGCCAGUAACGACUGGAUUGGACUAUUUAAGGUUGGUUGGUCGUCAGUCAGGGACUACCAUACGUUUGUGUGGGCAUUAGCUCCAUCCAGCUACAAAGAGGGGAGGUCUGUCAACUGCUGUGUUAAUUUCCAAGCUUCUUACCUACCAGGGCCUAGUGCUCAGCAAUACCAAUUUGUUUAUGUGGAUGGAAAGGGGGAGGUUUGUUCUCGCAGUACUGCCUUUACCUUCUCUGCCCCGAAGCCCCUGGAAGACCUGGUGACACUGGAGGAAGAAGGUCAGGGGGAGGAAGUGGGCGAGGACAUGUUGCUGGUCAUCCCCAGAGCCCAGUUACUGCAGAGUCGCCUGCAGGAGUGUCUGAAAGAGCGUGCUGAGCUGCUCAAGGCUCUGGAAGCAGCAGACCAGAACGUGGAUAGAGAGACUGAAAGGAGAGAAAGAGACAGAAGCUCCUGGGAGCAGAACCGCAAGGAACUGGAAAGAAACAUCAGCGAGCUGAAGGAGGAAGUGAGAAAAUAUACAGCGAAAUUAGAGGAGAUGAAGAAAAAGCAGAAGGAGGUUGAAAAUUUAGGUGAGGCCUUGGCAGAGGAGAAGAGAGCCCUCCUGGCUCAAAAAGAAGCUAAUGAGCAGAGAAUCAGGGAACUAGAGGAGGACAUUAAAGUACUGACCCAGAGAGGCCUGGAGAGAGAAACUGACCUAGAAAGGAUGAGGGAACAAGCAAAGAAAGCAUCAGCUCAGAAGGAGGAAGAUGAUGAUGCAUAUAAGAACCUGAAGUUAAAAAUGGAGCAGACCGAGAAAGAGCUGCACAGUUUGUCUGCAGAGUUUCAGAGUCUGAGAAACUCCCUGGCCCAGAGAGAUACACAUGCCCUACAGCUCCGAGACACCAUCACCACCCUCACACACAAACUCAACAGUGCUCACAGGAAAGAGGCAGCCAAUGAAGUGGCUCUGGGUGAACUCCGGAGUGUUCAGGAGCGUUUGAAUGUGAGUGAAUGCUGCGUGGAGGCUCUUAGAGUUGAGCUGAGAGACAUGGUUGCUCAGAGGGACACUGCACACGCUGAGCUUCACCAAGCCCGUCUACAGGCCGCACAGCUCACACUGCAGCUGGCAGAUGUCAGUCUGGCUCUGAGAGAAGGCAGGGCCAGCUCGGCACAGGAGAGAGAGACCCUACAGCAGAAUUCUGAGAUGGACAAAGUGCGUCUGGAAAGACUGAAUGAAGAGAUCCAGCAGAAAGAGGAGAUGUUGCAGGAAGCAAGGAUGGAGAAAGAGAAAGCGGUGGUGGAGCUGGGACGAGAGAAAGACUGCAAUCGGGUUCAGCUGAGCGAGACUCGCCGUGAGCUGCAGGAUCUGAAGGCCAAUUUAAGGGUGGCUCAGAAAGAGAAGGAACAGCUGCAGACAGAAAUACAGGAAGUGAUUGAGUACAGUCGUCAACUGGAGAGAAGGCUGGAGGUGCUGAGUGAUUCUAAAUGGAGUGAGACAGCCCUGCGGCAGAGCAGCCAUGCAGAGAGCCCACUGCUGUCCGAUUCGGAGGAUGAGAAUCCUGAGGCCUUGCAGGAUGCACAUUCUUCUGGGCCUCUGAACUACAGUCUGUGCGAGCAGCCCCAGGCUGACCUGCUGCUCCCAGCCACCCCACCACCCUCUCCCAGACACCCAUCCAACAUGGACAUAGUGGUCAUCAGCCAACCUGCGCCUCUGUCCUCUCCGCACCAGCCCAACACUCAUACACACUCUCACAGCUCUGAGUCGGAGGAAGAGUAUGAAGCCGCUCUGUCAAGUGGGCACAGCUCUGGAGAGGAGACGGCCCUUCUCUUACCUCACAAAAGAGACGCUACCCUCGGAGAUCUGGCAGAGAGCCCCAUGUGGUGAAAAGCAGAACUGCAGAGGGCCAGCACAGUGUGGACGGCUUAGCACCACUGCAAGUCAUGAUACAAGUUUUGUAUUUAGAAGCAUUUGCGCUUUAUAUCAUAUUGACAUGAGUAUUUCAAUAUGCAAUUUGCUUUAUAUGCACUUAGAAUAUGCACAAGUUAUUAGACCUCUAAAUGUCUCACGGUUUUACAGAAAUUUGCACGGGUGUGAAAUUUUACACAUCAACUGAUAUGCAGAAAGAGCAUCUGUAAUGAGCAGAUCAAAGGAAAGAUUGUAUAUGAGCAGGAUGUAAUGUGUUUGCGUUACAGUUGUUUAUCUAUUUGAAUCUUGCUUCUCUUGGUAUUUACCGUCACAAGUCUCAUACUAAUAUAAUGAUUACCAUUCAUCUAUAAUAGCAUCAGCAAUAAUUUAAAGCACAAUGUCAUUCACAUGUUUUUUUAAUGUAAGAUUUAUUUUUUGGAUCUUGUAGAAGUAUUUGAAUUGUUGCAGCAUAGACGUUUUUUGAAGAAAGUUUCUGUGAUUGUUCACAGAUUGUAUGAUUGUGUGCAAUGGGACAAACCAGCGACUUAUCGUUAUGUUUAAUAGUAAAGAGUGACGUUUUUUGAUAGAUCCAUCAAAUUUACUUUCAUCCUAAAGUAAAAUAAUUAAUAUAUGCAAGGUUUUUUUUGUGUGUGUGGAGAAAGUCCACUGUACCAAUGACCAUGAGGGCUGGGGAUUAUGGAUAUUUUAAUUAGACUGGAUUUCAAUUUUGUAUUUCUCUGAAUAGGGUCUGUUUUUACCUUAGUUUCAUGCAUUGUAUUGAAUCACUAUUUGACAUUGCAGAGGGAAUUCUCACUUGUAUUGACUUGGAUACUUUAGAAAUCAACAUUAUCCAGUACUGUAGAAAGGUAUUUUCAUUUUAACUUGUCCUUUGAAUUGAACUGUUUUAAAACGUGCCUCAUAAAAACCAAACUAUGAAUUUUAGAAAUGUAAUGUUUAAUGCAGUUUAAAGUUUAUUGACUUUAUGGUGUGUCAUGACUCAUGGGGGAUCAUUUGGAGAACAUCAUUUUGCUAUGUUUACAUUUGGCAAAGCUCGUUAGUUGAGGAAAAAAAAAGUACAUUUAAAAACGGCUUGAUUACAGUUUAAUUACAUUCAUAGAGGAGAAUAAUUUAAUGCAUACAUUAAAAAUGGUAAAAAUGAUGAGGAAUAUUAUGAAAAGGUAAAAGUAAAAAAAAGAAUAAAAAAAAAUCACAAUAUUUGAAAUAUCGCCCUGUUGUGCUCACCGCACUCAUAGAACUUGCAUUGUGUUUGAUUGAUUUGUUAUUGCUGUUAUCUUUACUGUAGGGACAAGUUUGAAUAGCUCCAAAAUUAUUUGCCUUUUAUAUAACACGUUUUAACAUCUGUAUUGACUUGAAGGAUGUCAACAUUAUAACACACUGAAACAUGAUUUUGUCAGUCUAACUGAUGAAUACAGAGCAUCUGAACUUUAUGCUUUUAUUUUGUAUGCUUGACUUGGUUUUUCUUUAAUAGUUAGUAGGCUGUACUCGAGCAUUUUGCUAGUGUCAAGAAAUCUGUGAUUGAAAACAUAAUUUUCAUGAAUUAAACUUCCACUCUUGUUCUCACCAACUCUAAAAGUUUGACCACAGCUAAACAAAUCAGACCUACCAAACCAAACUGGUGUAUGACGGGGAAUAUGUUAAGAUUAGUCAUAAGUAAUUGUUGACAAUUUCUUUCUAUUAUAUAAGAGAUAUAUCAGAGAAUUCUCUAUAUUCGCUAUCAGAGAAUUAGAUUUUUGUGCGGUUAUUGCUUUAGUCACUUAUCUAAAAUGUGUGUUUUUUUUGUUUUGUUUUUUUUCGGUUAUGCUGCUCUGUGCAGGGUGUUGGUGGGUUUCAGUAAUAAAAUAAAUAAUGUAACAUCUGUAAUGUGUUCAUUGGCUCAUUUUAAAGGAAUGUUCCAGGUUGAGUACAAUCUCAGUUAACAGCAUUUUUGGCAUAUUGUUGAUUUCUACAAAUAAUGAUUUUGACAUCACUCCUUUAUUUAAAAAAAAUAAAUAAAUAAGCAAACAUCUGGGUUACGGUAAAGGCACUUACAAUGGAAAUGAAUGUGGCCAGUACAUAAAUGAUAAAGUACACGGUUUCAAAAAUAAAGCCACAAGACAUAAAUGUUUUACAUGUUAAUAUGAUUUUAAUGAUCUAAAAAUCACUUACCUUAUCAAGUUAGAUCCAAUAUUUCAACUUCAUUGUAAUGACAAUGAAACCCUGUAAUCUCGUUAUGUAACUUUACACCGGCAUGGUUAAUGAAUGAUUGUAUCACACUAAAACCAUGUAAACAUGUAUUAUGUUUAAGUCUUGAAGCUACUUGUGAAAUGUGUAUUUUACUGUUAUGGACUUGCCCCAUUCACUUCCAUCGUGCACAAAAGUGGGGUUGCGGAAGUAAAAAUCCCAUUCAUUUUUUCCCUAGACGAAUUGAUUUGUACCAAUAACUUGCAAACCUUUAAAGAUAGACCUACCGUGAGCUCAGAUGUUGUUCAUCAAUGGUAUAUGCUUCUGUUGAAGCCAUCAGUCUGCAUUAUUUCAACUUCAUGGUUUAAAAAUAAUUUUUAGAGUUCCUGGUUAACAGCUACACUAACCGUGGUCCAGCAGAGAAAGUUCCACCAAUCAGAGAACUGCAUUUAAGAAAGCCCGCCCACUUCCAUGAUGUACUGUCAAUGACACAAAUGUGUCUGUCACCCUUCACCUUCAAUCUACUUAUUUAUUUGUAUAUAUCAGAAUAUUUCACAAAAAAACAAACUAUAUUGUUUCUAUACUUAUAUUCAACAAUCUAAAAUCAAUAGUUUGAUAUAUUUCCAUUGUUUUACAUUUGACUUUGCAUUCACAAUGCUUCAUGGGAUUGUAGUUUGUGCCCUUGUGAAAGACGGGAAGUACACAGUCUUGUACCCUUGUCUUUUCGUUUGAUUUUCAAAUACUUUUUUGGUAAAAAAAAAAAAAAAAAAGUUUGUAAUGUUGUGAUUCAUCUCGGGGCUGGUUAGUUUGGUUCAUGGCUUAGAACUCUUUUAUGAAGGAUUUUUUGAAAAGUCUAUGGAAGAAAUGAAUGGGGAAAAUACAUUCAGAACCCAGACGGCUGAAAAAGUGGGUAGGUACUGUUGCACUCUAAUGCAAGUGCAUUACUGUAACCUUUUUUAAAUAAAGGGGUGGUCUUGGGGAGUUGAAAUAAUUUGCUGGUAAUCAACAUUAUGCCACAAAUGCUGUUAAUUGAGCUUAACUUGUACUAAACCCAGAACAUUCCUUUAACUAUCAAAUGUAUAAAAGUAUGUUAUGCUUGUCAAUGAAAGUGGGAGUGUUCCAAAAUAUAUUUAAAUCCAUAUGAAAUACCUGAAUCCUUAAGGUUAUUAAAGUUUAUUUCACCCAGUGUACUCAAGUUAUCUAGAAUAUCAAUUCAUAGAUACAGCACAGUCCUACAUUAUUCUGUGAUUAUGCAUGCACUAUGCUGCUGGCUUUUACUGCAUAGUCCAGCCAGUGCUUUUGAUUUACCUGUAGAGAUAUGUGUGGAGAAUUGGGCCAUUGCCCUCCUGUUAUCGUCUCUUGUUUUUUAACAACUUUUUUCUAUUUUAUUCCUCUGUUGCUUUUUCUAUACCUCUCCCUGUUUUGUUUUUUCCUCUCCACACUCACUACCCUAGUUGGAUGACAGGAGCUAAUUAUAAAAUCAAUGGAGCCGGGCUGCCUGCUUUAUGGCUGCCUCUAAAACCUUAACAGGGAAAUCACUGUAGGAUUGAUGACUCCCUCACUCUUUAUCCCUUUUAAUUAGAAAUGUAAGAUAUGAAGAGCCUGGGGCCACAGCACUGCACCCGACUCCCAAAUGCUCACCCAUCCGUCGCUCUCCAUCUUUCUCCUUUUCUGUUUUCAGCCUUGUUUAGUCUCAUGCACCUUUGCAUCAACUCUAGCUCUAUUUGCUUACACAAUUUUUGCCACCUUUUUCUGUUUUUUAGGGCUCUGCACCUCUGUCUCUUGCAAUGGAUAAAUAAAUAACAUGUAUGAACUUUUCAAUGUUUAGGCAGACUGAUCUUACUGUGAAUUCAGCCAGAGUAUGUCAAAAGUCCUUUAGGUAAAUUGGUCUGUGCUUACUGAAAUUUAAAAGAUGUCCAAUGGGAUAUGGCACUUGUCAGUAACUCCACAGAAUGGAGUUGAUAUCAGGAAACUGGAAAAUUCAGUUGAGUUCCCGUGUGAUCAUGAUUGUGUUUAGUCUCAUUCUCCAGAUCUACUUUUAGGAUAACACCUCCAGCCAGAGUCUCUCUGUAAAUUCGGAAAGUAAAAAAUAUUAUAAGUCAUUUUGCAUUUUAUUACAAGAUUAAAUGGCAUUAAAUCUGUUCAGCCUGUAUAGUCUCCUCUUGCUGAGUAAGUUAUUAGUGCCAUUCCUUUCUUUUACAUUACCUUUAGAAGUGUUUUGAAUUGUUUCCUCGCACUGACUGCUCUCUAUCUUUUGUCGCUUUUUCAAGCAUCACAAUUAUUGCUCAUAUUUAGGUUAGGUGUGAUAGGGACCAAGGCAGUCACAAGGAGAGAUCACACCAGGACGCAGGAUUGGUGUUCCAAAAAGAUGUUUAUUUUGUUGGAGGUGCAAAAUGUGCAAAUAAAUAGUGUUUGUAAUCAUAAAAACAAGGUUACAUAAAAAAAAAAAAAAAAGAAA